GUCAAUUUUUAAACGUCAAAAUUUGAAAAUUUGAUUUAUGUUAUUACUAAGGAACAAUGAGUGAAAUAUUCAAAUUAAAUUAUUUUUAAAAGCUUAACAUAUUUUUUUUUCUAAUUUCAUUACACAAAAAUAUGAUAUUGAGACGAGCGUUAGCAACGUUAGUUGAACAAUCUACAACAGAUUUGAAUAAAACAAAUUAUAUAACAACAGAUACUGGAUGUAAUUCAAUAACAUGGUUAAAUUCGUUGGCUCCAUGUUUUCCAGUGAACAGCACCUGCAUUCAAAUUAUGAACACCCCACAACAUUUUUAUAACAGUUUAGUGGAAAAAUGUUCGACGGCAACGAAACGAAUAACCUUAGCAAGUCUAUAUUUGGGUACAGGACCAUUAGAAAAAAAUCUAGUCGAUACAAUAUUAAACAAUCGUUACCUAAAAAAUGGCACACUUAGUGUGAAUAUUUUAUUAGAUUUCUCACGUGGAUCGCGCGGAGACGUAAACUCUCGCACCAUUCUCUUGCCGUUAAUUCAACAGCAUAAAAAUUCAGUGAAUUUAUCAUUGUAUCAUACACCAGCGUUGCGAGGGCUAUAUCGAAAAAUUUUACCCCCACGUUGGGUUGAAUUAGUUGGCUUACAACACAUGAAAUUGUAUAUAUUUGAUGACUCCUUAAUUAUUAGUGGAGCAAAUUUAUCCAAUGAUUAUUUCACAAAUCGUCAAGAUCGAUAUUAUGUAAUUGAGGAUAAAAAAUUAGCAGAUUUUUAUCAUGAAUUAGUUACAUCGGUGCAAGAGUUUAGUUUAAAUGUUGAUGAACAAAACAACGUUGGUUUGUCAAAGAAAUGGUCACAUUUACCGUAUUCGGGUAGUCAAGAAAAAUUUGUACAUGAAGCAAGUUCCAAGAUUAAAAGUUUAUUAAAUCGUACAGCUGAAGUACAAAAAUUUGAUAAUACUCUAAGCACAAAGGAUUCAUGGAUUUUCCCAUUAGUUGAAAUGGGUCAAUUAAACGUGCAUAAUGAUAGUAUAGUAACGAAAACUUUUUUUUCCCGAGCUCAACCAAAUUCUACAAUUUAUUUGGCCACUGGAUAUUUUAAUUUGACCAAUGAUUAUAUGCAAACUUUAAUUGAUAAACGUUCGGCGCAAUGUCGAGUUUUAAUGGCACAUCCAAAGGCUAAUGGAUUUCAAGGAGCUAAAGGUCCGGCUGGAGGAAUACCAGCUGCUUAUAGUUUGUUGGCAAAAAAGUUUCAGGAUCGUCUUAAUGGUAAAAGUGAUAGUAUUCGAUUAUUUGAAUAUUUACGACCUGGUUGGACGUAUCAUGCAAAAGGCUUGUGGUAUUAUUUACCUGAACACAAAUAUCCAGUUUUAACGUUUAUUGGCUCACCAAAUUUCGGUGCACGUUCUGUAAAACGUGAUCUUGAGACACAAAUUGUAAUUGUUACCAAAAGUGACGAACUAGCACAAAAAUUACAUGAGGAGUGUUCCAGUUUGUAUAAUAAUUCAUAUGAAGCAGAUACAAAUCGACCAGUACCAUAUUGGGUACAUGCUGUUGUAUAUUUAUUUAAAAAUUAUUUUUAAAUUAACCAUAAUUCUUUGA